UACAACAUCAUAACUCGUCCCCUUCAAAGCCCUUAUUGCUGCUUUGGUGUGACAUGGAUUGAACCAUACCUAGUGAUUGAGUAAUGAGUGGUCAAAAUCUACUUUAAGUUCUUUUUAGGAUACUAUAUCAACCUAAAGCAUAUUUACCCUUCUGAAGACUUGCGCUUUUUCUUUGCUAUUUCUUCUUUUUUUGGGAAUCAUCACCUCCAAUAAUUUCCAACAACACAUUUACCAAGCUACACAAGUAGAAACAGGAUAUUUCCAUAUUUGAAGUGCCACGGUGCUACCCCAAGAGGCUUGUGGCAACUUAAAGUAGAUCAAAAAGUGAUAAAGUGUGUGAUGAAGAAAAGUUCUGGUACCUCCCAGAAACUUGGUUCAUUUCUAAGUCCAGGGGCACCAAACUAUAGAGAGAAAAGCAUUGGGAGCCAAAAGGGGUGGAGCUCAGAGAGGGUGUUGCUGCAGCCAUCAUCAAACAGCAUAAGGAAUGCUAGUGUGGCUAACUUGACACCCUUCAACAGUGGAAGAACAAUACCUUCAAAAUGGGAUGAUGCUGAGAGGUGGAUUUGUAGCCCCGUUUCAGGCUAUGCCAACAACAAAACCAAUUCCUAUACACAACUUCAGCAGCGGCGACCAAAAUCGAAAAGUGGUCCAAUUAUGCCUCCAGGAACAGGCUACUACUCCAAUUACUCACCCACAAUUCCACUGAGCCAAGGUUUGGUAGUGAAGAACUUCAUGAUGGGUGGUUCUCCCUUUUCAACUGGGGUGUUGGCACCGGAUGCUAUCUCUCUUCACCAUUAUUAUGCACAUGAGGCUGUUUUUGGUACCCGUUAUGACUUUGACAAUAGUAUGCAAUGCUUCAGUCCAUUCCUCAAUGAAAAUAGUGUAGCUCUCCCAUCAGUGUCUAGUGCACCCAUGUGGUCAGAACUGCUAUGUGACCCUUCGCCUAAUUCUCAAGACGAGAAACGAAACGAAAUUAAGAAUGAGGACACCGUGACAUCUCCUCUCUCAAAAUGUGACAAAGGCACUCAAAUGAGCCCUCCUGAGCCUGAGAAUGAUGCACCCACUUCGACAAUGGAUCAACAAAAUAACCUUUCUGCAAAGUUAGAGGUCAGAGAUGUAGAGAUAGACAGCGAGGCUAGUAUUAUUAGGUGGUCUAAGAGCCAUGUACCCAAGCUGAGCUUGCUACCUGGUAAACACUCAAGAAAAAUUAGUAGAACGGAAACCAAAGCUUCAGGUUUGGAUAAUGCAGAGUCGACGUUGGACUCAUCCAAGAUUCAGAGGGAGGAAGCCAAAAUCGUUGCAUGGGAGAGUUUGCAGAAAGCCAAGGCUGAAGCUGAAAUACGAAAACUAGAGAUGAAAUUAGAAAAGAAGAAAUCGUCAUCAAUGGAUAAGAUUCAAAGCAAACUGAGAAGGGCGCAGAUGGAGGCUGAAAAGAUGAGAAACCAAAUAACUGUAGAAGAGGAGGGUCAGCAGGUUUCCAAGACUCGAAAAGUAUUUUCAUUCCACAAAUAUGCCCAGAUAUGGUUUCCAAGGAGCUGCUUCGGCACUCAUGCUCUCCAUGAUUAAUUCAUUAUUUAAUAUUUAAUCCCAUAUCUGAAAUCACUAAGGUUUAGUCCCGAUAAACGCAUCGAUAAUCAUAUUUCAAGUCAUAGGUCAUUUUUAUUUUUUAUUUUUGCCUUUUGUACUUCCCAACAAUGUUAAUAGUGAAUUACUACUACAGUGUCUUAGAGCCAUUUGAUAUGUUUGGCAUUAUGUACGAGACCUAAUCGGGAUUAUUUCUGGAUGCUUGCCUUUCUUUUUA